AUGCCGAAGGAAAAUCAGGAUCCAAGCCCGGGUCAGCCAUUUCCGCUAUCGACAACUCGAGUGACCUCCAGUAUCCCAAGAGCGGAGGUGAAGGAAGGAGAGGAAUCGAAUUGGGUCUACCCCUCGACCCAGAUGUUUUGGAACGCAAUGCUGCGAAAGGGCUGGCGCUGGCACGAUAGCGACAUCCGUCCGGAAGACAUGGACAACAUUGUCCGUAUCCACAACGCCAACAACGAGGCCACGUGGAUGGAAGUGCUCAAGUGGGAGAACUUGCACUACCGCAAAUGCCAGACACCUCGAUUGCGACGAUUUGCCGGUGAUGCCAAAAACUACUCUCCCCGGGCGCGCAUUAGGCACUGGAUGGGUCACGAAUUGCCUUUCGAUCGGCAUGACUGGGUGGUAGACCGCUGUGGUCGUGAUGUACGCUACAUCAUCGAUUACUACGACUCAGAGAAGGUGGACUCAGACUUCAAAUUCGCUCUCUUGGAUGUGCGACCCGCGAUAGAUUCGUUCUCUGCUCUUUGGGAUCGUGUGAGGAUGGCCUGGAGACGAUGGUGUUUCCCCGAACCUCCCGAGAAGUCUCUUCGAUAG